AUGAUCUGUCUACAAGCAGAACUUGCAACGAAGGCAAGCCACAUAACACAGAAACAUCUCAGGAAACCCAGAGUAAUUCCACUUCUCCUCAGAACAAAUUGCCUCCACCGAAAUGUACCAAUAUUGUGGAUAUAAGUCAAGACAAUGAGGGGGAAACUGAGUUGAAAAAACAGGAGGAGGAUCUGCCGAAAGAAAAGGGAUUACAAGCUGAUACAGACUCUAUCAAAGAUGGGGAAGAGACCAAUAGUGUUAUAGCCCCUGCUAAAGAGAGAAUUUCAGCUUCUGAGAACAUGGAGUUUCCCUUAGAUGCUGCCAUCGAGAUUCUUUGCAGCAGUGAGUUCAAUUCAACCACACCCAAACCACAUAAAGAGAUGGCUCUGGUUUUGCAGCAUACUUAUGGUAAAAUGGAGACAGAGAAAGCAGACACAUCAGAUAGAACACAUUACUGCACCUCACAGGAACAAGAAGACCAAAUCGACACACCUCCCAGGGAGGUGAAACUCAUCACUACAUUAAGAGAUUACUUGACUAAAUUUGAGUCCAUUGUUAAGAAACCAGAGCCAAAGACAUCAGAUACACUCUGUGAAACUGUGGAAAUGAACUUGCCACAGAUUUGUGAAACUCUCCAGAAUGUCAACAACCAUAAGGAGCAACCAGUUCAACUGGUUGUCCUUGACAGGGUGGAGUUGCCCAAUCUGAGACCAAAUGCAAUGCCUCUCCCAAUAGAGAUAUGCAGUCUGAUUAUCAACACAGAGAAUGACCUGAUUCAUAGUAAAGAACAGGAACAAGAGGCGAAAACAAGAGGUAACAACAAAGAUUGUUAUAGCAUUCCUUGCAUUAGCCCUGAUAGUACUUCCUUGUUGGAAGUCCCUGAAAAGUCCACUCAAACUCCUAUGGACAAGAAAACCACUGAAGUAGAAAUCUCCACAACUGUACCUGACAUUAACCAUGAUAUUACAAAUGCAGAAAAUGAUGCCUCAAAAGAAUGGCAAAGACAGAAAAAUUGCACUCUUGAUGCAAACAACAUGACCAUGCUCAAAGCACUAGCAGAAUUAGAACCUGAGUAUUCAGAAUUUUGUAAAACAAAAGAAAACGCCAACCAGAAGCCAACAACCCACAUUGUAAAGCUGAACACUAGGUAUUUUCAUAGAAACUUCAGUGUGGCUGAUAUCUCAAACGUAUUAAUGCAUGGAGACAAAGCUGCUUCCUUGGUUGAACUUUGCCCGUUGCGAGCCAAAAGCAAAGUCAUGCUGCAGUACUUCAGCUUAAACUUUGAGAGAAAACAGAAUGUUGAGGCCAAUACAACAAUCGUCUCAAGAGAUCAGAUUUUAGAGCGAAAUCUGGAGUGUCCUCCUGUACCAAUGGAACUGAAGUACGAGGCAUUGAAUUCUUUCCUGGAUCUCCAGAUAAUGAUGGAGGCCUGGCAGUUUGUAGAUAACAAGAUGCGAUAUUUGAGUGGACAAUCUACAUUUAGAAGUCUGCUGUGGUAUGAUCCCACCCUGUAUGGGGAACUCUUUAAAGGGAAGAUGGGAUUUCAGCAGCAGUCCUCUUUUAUAUUCCUCUUUCCAACAAAGUAUUGUCAAUGAAGGCCCAAUUGCAUUGCAGAGGUACCAUUUAGCUGUCUCUACAUUGAAUCAACAGCUGCAAAGGGCCCCAGAAAUGUCUUACUACAUGUAUCUCAAAAGCAAAAGAGAAAGGCUGGAGAUUGAGGCUGUAUUACGAACUCCCUCAGACAUACAGAACUUCUUCCUAUCUAUACCACUGUCUUGCAUGGUCAAUUUUGGCAACAGUGUGGAACGUUUACAGAGGGUCCAGGGGCUUGUGACUACUUUCACAGAGACUCCCACAGACAAGUUGGAAGCCGGAUUCGAUGUUGGAAAGGCAGAGCACCUUGCCAUGGUGUUCCGAUUUCUUCAGGAGAAAAUCUGCUAUUUGAAAGCUUGCAGCAACACGAUGGUCAGCAAGACGUCUUGGUUUGGCAUGGAACACAUCUUGUAUGACGCUUCGAAGAUACUGGUGUGGAGGGACGCGAAACAGGGUGCGAAGCAUGAGCCGCUGGCGAAAUACAAGAAAGCAAAUCCACAAAUUGUCUAUGGAGUGACCGAAUCUGGUGUCUCACUGUCGCAUACAAGCUUGUCAAAUAGGACCCAGCUCAUGGUUAAGACAGGGACCCCAACACAGAGAGUCAGACUGGCCAACAGAGUCUAUCGAGCUAGAGGUCGGGGUCGGAGGAGAUUGCCUAUGGAGAAUACUCGCUGUGCUGAGGUUUGUUGAUUUAUUUCCAUUUUUUGGUAGAUAAUACAUACGUAUGAUAUCAAAUAAUUGAAAUUGCCUUCAGUAACGUUUCCUAUGGUGAGAUUUUUCAACUAGUAAAAAGAGAACAAUUGUACUGUGUUUUUAUUGCUGUAUGGUUUAUUUUCCAGAAGAAACAUGCUGAACAUGGGUCUAUGCCAGUAAUAGACCUCACAAGAUCGUAAGUAAAUUAAAAUGUUGGUUUGUGUCAAUAGGCCAAUGGGGCUCACUGUUAUUUCCCUGGUGUAUCAGAAGCAAAACAUGGAUUAACAAAGUAGCAAUUGACAUGUCAUGUAUUCGUACCGUAAUAGAAAUCACUAAGUAAUGGUUUUGGAUGAGGGAAAAUAUAAACACUUUCGAUCAUCUAACUUUUGUCUUUUUUUCUUCUCUCCAACUCAAGCCCCAACAGGGAUAACCCAGAUGUAUACCACUUGGCCAAACCCCCAAACAACCCUGCAGCCCAUUUCCAGGCUUGGACACACCAAGAGAACCUUGCCAAGAGCCAGGUAGUAAACUGGGUUGAAAGGUCACGUGAUACGCAUGCAAUGGAGAGGAAUAUCCCUGCAUCUUUCUUACCCCAACCUGUGCCACCCUACCCUGAAAUCAGGGCCUGUCUAAGGACUAGUAAAACUGGGACAGUGCCAAACUCACAGAUCCAGUUACCUGCCUCAUUGGGAGGGGUAGGAAGUAAAUCAGAUGGGUGGCAACAGUGGACCCAAAGCUGGAUCCCCAACAACCCCCAGAACACAACAGGAAGUGAUCUGAGGCCAGUGCAUCCUCUGUGGAUUGGGGUUAGGGACAAUGGUCAUCCCCCCAUCAGAGAGCAUGUCCUAUCAGAGCAAAUUCAUCAGUCUUCCUGGUCUAGUCUGUCUUCCUCUCCUCUCCAGCCUCCUCCAUCUGUACCAGCAGGAAAUACAGCGCAACAAUCUCUGCGCUCCCUCCCACCUCUCACUAGCACUACAAAGUAUGUCCCUCCCCUGUGUGAGCCCACUCCUAUAAAUUACCCCUUUUUCCUCCUGAAUGGUCAGACCUAUUCCACUGCCAAUCCUGAAUUAUCCACAGCAACUAAUAGCAAAGAGGGAUUUCAUCCCUAUCCUACUUAG